GUUCGGGUUUUCUGGCUGCGGUUUUGUGAGAACUGCGAAGCGUGGUCGACUGUUGAUUUUAAAAGGAAUGCGGCUUUUUGUUGCGAGCAAAUGCAGCGUGUGUUUGUGUUUGAAUUUGGAGGGACAGUUAUCUUGGGGAGCAAGCAUGGUGUCCAUCUGGCGGAGCGAGGGAGAACAGUCCGGUUUGGGGAGGGCGUAUGGUAGAAUGGGGUUUCUUUGUAUUAGCUAACUAGCUAAACACGGUGCGGGCAAGCAGCUGUAGCCAACUUAUGAAUCGGAGCGUUUGCGUCUGUUUUUUCUUUUAGCAUCACGGUUUCAUUUCCCCUUUACAGCCUCAACUACAGUUACUGUUAGCUCGCCAGCUUAUCCUAGACGGCAGGAGACCCAUGCUCCGUGCUAGCUAGCUAAGUUGCCUAUCCUAUCCGUAACGCUCCAACAAACUGAGUAGCCUACAAAUGGCUCCUUUAAACUUUUUUCAUUGUGAUUUUCGAUAGGCUGUGUUAGCUAGCUUAAUUGCCACAGUUCGCAUCGUCAGUUUUGAGGCUGUUGGCGAAAUAGUACUAUCAAUCAAGCGAGUGCACUGUUUGCUAGAUAGAAGAAUUCAGUGAAUUGCCCUGGACAUAAAAGAAUUGAUUCGCCUCGUGCAUAAGUGUUUGCUGAGUUAGCUUGCUAGCUAGCAUUAAGUGCUUUUUUUCAACCUUUCUGCAUUGAGUUCAUCCAGCACAUAAUCAACUGAAAUGGCGUAUGAGAUAAAUUGCUUGCUAACAUAUGUUUUUAUUUAAAUAAAAAAAGGGUUCUAAGCCCUUGUGUUUUGUUAAACUUUUUCCCUUUUUUUGUUGACAGAACAUCAUCUCGCGAGCCCCCUCCCCUUUCAAAUCGGACCAUCUGUCACUUUUGGUAGUUUCUGAAUAACUAGUUGUAGGCCUUUUCGUUUUACUUAAAACACAUCAGUCAAUGGCAAAAAUCGACGCGCAACAUAUUUGAAUACAUAGCUUUAACCAAUUUUAAUCGUAACAUUAGUUGAUCGGUUGGGUGAAUGUUUUUUUCUGCAUUGCAGGACACUUUAUUGGUUUCAAUAUUGUUUGCUUCUUGCGUGGAAAUUGCAAACUUUCCUUUUUUAUUCCAAGGAACAUUGGCUAGCAUGUGCUAUAUAGCCAACAGUUGCACCAAUUCAGUUUUACCUGCCUCAGGCAAGGAGAAUUGGAACUUGCAUAGUCGUGCGAGACGUGCACGGUUCCCUCGCCAGUAGAAGUGGUGAUGGGCAUUGUCCUCUUUGUCAAGAGAGGACGAAGGAAUUCCCACAAUCUAGCUGCUGCCGGAGAUCAGAUUUCACGGCGGGGGAGGACUAGGCGUUAUGUGGACUAGGAUUCGCGAAACCUUGGAGGGGGAGCCAGAGUUCUCGACCAUGUCGGACAGCGACGCUUGCGAGGAUGACGGGGGCGGUUCUCCCCUGGACCUGUCCGGAGGCUCCGGGAAGCGCAAGCGCCGCGGAAAUCUACCAAAGGAAGCCGUGCAGGUUCUACGCAGCUGGCUAUACGAGCACCGCUUCAAUGCAUACCCGUCCGAACAGGAGAAGCUGAGUCUCUCCGGUCAAACCAGCCUUUCAGUGCUGCAGAUCUGUAACUGGUUCAUCAACGCUCGGAGGAGGCUGCUCCCAGACUUACUGCGGAAGGACGGCAAAGACCCCAAUCAGUUUACCAUCUCCCGUCGGGCAGGGAAGGGAGACCUGCGAUUGUCCGGAGGUGGAGGAGGAGGAGGAGGAAGAGCCAGCUCCCCCGAGAGCGCGCCGUCCCCCCUCCCCGUCAGACGGCCCUCGGUCAUCCGGCCCGCCCCCACGCUGGACCUCAGCCUGCUGGGCAGCACGGCCGCCGCCAUCCUCACCUCGGGCCUCCUGGGCCAGGAGGCGGGCGCGGCCCUGGGCCAGACCGACACCCACAGCCUGCUGAAGAGGGCGGGCAAGGGCGAGGCCCCGCCCGGCUGCCCCGCCGCCUUCACCCGGGUGGGCACGGCCAGCCCCACGGGGGUGCUCUUCAACACCCCGCCCCCCACACCCCCGGAGCUGUGCCCGCAGGACUUCAGCGACCUGCGGCUGCUGGUGGACGCCGCACUGCAGCGAGCGGCCGAGCUGGAGCUCCAGCAGAGCGCGGAGACGGCGGGCGGAGCCGGAGCCGGACACGCCCCUGUCCCCGCCCCCGCCCAAAUCCCCGCCCUCACCCCGCCUUCCCCCAGGGAGAGGAACGUGGCUGAGGACUGUCCGGCAAGCGGGUCGGGCCGGGAGGAUAAGAACGAGGCCUUGCCGCUAGACUCCCACCUCGCCGCUGCACAGACUGCCACGGCAACCGGCCCAGGUCCCAGCGUGCACCGGGCCGAAGCCGCCAGCGUGUCCCCGAGCCGCGUGUCCCCAAGCCGCAGGGCCUACGAGCCCGCAGUGUGGAGCGUGGUUCAGAACGAGGCCAGGAAGCCCACUGCGACCCCCAGCUCCAUUCCCUGUGUGUGGGGGCCCCAGCACUCCUUGUGCUCUCUCUCUGAAGCUGUUAACUAGGGGCAGCAGGAUCAGAAGCCCUAAACAUGUACUCACACACACACAUACAAACACACACACUGACACAUGACAUACUCAUGGACUCCUGAGAAACACGAGCGAUGAGAUCAAUAGACUACACGAGAUUGCAUUCCCAGCCCCCUUCCUCAUCUGGGUUACCUACCUUUUUAACAUCAGCCUCUGCUCCUGAUUGGGGCCCAUCACCCCCAUGCGGCUUGUACUGUGACACGCAGAGGCUGCUGGGACAGCGUGUUUACAGGGGGCUCUGGAACUUUCUUACUAGGAUCAUUUUUUUUUUUUUUUUUUUUUUAGAGUGGUUUUUAUUCACUGAGGUCAGGGGUGGACCUCUGGGGGUGGGGUUGUUCCAUUACUAUCUGUACGCCCACAUUCCAAAGGUGUUUUUAUCAGAUUCUUACUUUUAAAAUACGCCACGUUACAAAUCUGAGCAGGAACUUCAGAGUACACGUAACAUGGCUUGGGGAUUCCCCCCUUUUUUACGUUGGGAGUAGCUACAGAACAAGGAGGAUAUUGUCCGUUCAGUAUUCUCCUUAAUGGCAGAAUUUUACACAACUACAAACAGCAUUUCCCCUUGCGCGUCAGUCGAGCCCCAGCGAUGGGCGCUAUUUGGCACGGUUGCAACCAUCCGGUGUCCUGCUUUGUGUUCUGGAACUUUCCUUAUGGCAACAAGAGCAGGCAGUUUGUUUUGUGUGCCAUUUCACAUGCACUUUACAGAGCUGGUAGGGAAGAAGAAGAAAAAAAAAAAAAAAGAUUUAGAUUUUAGCGUCAGAUCUGAGCAUUCCACAGCUGGACCUCAGUCCAGCUUUCUGGAACAUCUCGGAAGAGAAGGGAAGGGAAAUUGAUGGAUCUGUGCGCAUAACUCCUUGAUUCCGAUGGCUAUCUCGCUGCCGCGGACGCUCCUCUCCCGCACGCCAUUUCCCGAUGGUUGCGCUGUUGCUUUAAAUACGAGACCAAGACAUUUGUUUUGCGGGAGCAAGUCGACUGGAUGUGUCACCUUGUUCUCUUUUGUUCAGUGUUACUAUGUUUCCAAAGCAUCACUGCAUAGAUUAUCUUUGUUUUAUUUUUGAUUAAAAGGACUGUUAAUUAGCAGGGACUUUCUACAGUCUCAUGUCUUGCAUAUUCAACUAUAUUUGUACAUCUUCUGCAACCUCCCAAAAAUUCUGCAAUAUGAUGCAAUAAGGAUGCCUGAGGGUCUAGAAUCACUUUCUGCAUGGUCGUUUAAGCCAGUAAAGAUUUUAAAAGUUUUAUUUUAUUGUUUGCCAGUAAAACCGGGAGGGUAAACACGAGUGCCUAACUUCAGUGUAAUUUCCUGUCAUUUAACCGAGUAGCAAAAGUAAUGAUGUCAUGUACAAAUUGAGGAAUGAAAAUAAGAUGUCUGGCCAAAAACCCCCAGCGUUCUCUUAAAGGAACUGUGCAUCAAAACUGGAAUGGACACUGGCUUAAAUCGGUGUACCCAAAUUAUCCUGAGACCUUGACCAUUACUGGUGCCUUCUAAUCUGUUACUUGUCAAAUCAUCUCAAACACUGAAAGGCACCUUGUGUUGUCAACUGAAGAAAUGCAGACUUGUUUCAUCUUUGUUAAUUGCAAAGCACAGCCUACAAAUGUGUACUUUUCAUGUCUGUAUCUUGCCAAAUACUUUCACUGGGUGAAAUUUUCAAAUGUCAUUUUUUUUUUUUUUAAUCUUAAAAAAAACAAUUUUUAUUCUUCCCGCGGAAAACUUUUCAUUUCAUAUUCAGCUGUGAAACGGUAGUAAGGUCAGGUACUCAUACUUGGAGGCUAACCCCGGGUGUUUUUACCCCCUUCCCCUCCCAAUAUACUCUUAUAUUGGUUCUGCUUCCGAUACAUGUUCUGAACAAAGGUGUAGUUUCCAUGAAACUGACAAAUUUUUGUCUGACAGAUGAUGCUGCUGCUUCUCAAUCCUCUUCGCUCCUCCCUGUCUGUUGUUUUGGUUUUGUCGAUGGGCGAUUAUGAGAUGUUUUACGUGAAGGUGAGAUGACGCAGGCAUUUCGUAGUUCUGUGUUACACUUCUAGAGUCAUGCCGGGGGGAGAUCCACUUUUGUGAAACGGCAUGAUGCGAUUAUGUAAUGUUGCUCAUCAGAAGCGUUUCCUCACUCCAGCCCAGUGGGAAGUGAGAUGUGAUGUCAUUUCGUCACUUGCAUGCUAGUGAGAGGAUUACUGGAUAAAACGGGCAUGAAACGGAUCACCGAUGGGGAAUUUUUCCCGAGUUGUAUACUUUGCAGAGAGAAAAGACCUGACGGCAAAGAGUUUCCGAUUUCUCAUCGUGACUAUCGUCUCGCAGGUAGAGACGUGCAAGGAUAUAGCUUUCGGCUUUGUCUGUCCCUUGUUGGAUCGGGGUGGGGUCGAAGGGUCAGGAACAUUUACUGUAUGAAGUGAAAUUCUGAGAAGGAGCAGUCAGAUGGUUUUAACAUGCAUGUCCAUUGCUUCUCAUGAGAUUGUAUUUUCCUACCAUCCAGCCCUAUCUGUUGAACUUGCCGUGAUGCUGGAACCCCCCCAUGAAUAAAAACUGUAUUUCAUAUGUAGCUGCUGAAUGAAUGUUGGGCCAUAGAUGCCAAUGUGAAACGCAUGUGUAUUUUUGUUAAGUUUUCUUUUUGUUUACUGUUUUUUGGCAUGUACUGUGGCACAAAUGAACCUAGCCUAGCUAUUCUAUUUGACCAAAUGCAUUAUAAAGACCUUUUAACGUUUCACUUUAGCAUGGGUGAACACCGACCAUGAACUGGCCAUCUUGCCUUACGUGAGAUCAGGAAGGGGCAUAGUUACCCUGUCUUCAUGUAAACCUUUGGAUAGUCUGUGCAAUAUAUGGGGAUAAACCUUUCAAAUCUUUCAUUUUGUAGCCUUAAUGUGUUUUGUACAAGCAUUUCAGAGAAUAAAGGUUCAGUUUUUCUUA